AUGGCUCCAAAAGGCUUGGCAAAUCGCCACAACCCUUCGAGACCCAUUAACAGGUGGAAACAUGUUUACAAAUAUUCAAAGAGCAGUGCUCCAAAAGGCUUAGUAAAGGGGUUUAUGACGACAAUUGGCACGAAAGCUGAAAUACCGCUUCGGUUUGAAAUAUCAAGUAAAAGAAUGCGUAAACCAUCCAACUCUCAAUCCAAGGGUGUCGAAGAAAAAGCCGAGCAAGCAACGCCAUCGAGUACCGUUUCUCAGUCGCAAGAUGUCGCUAAUUCACCAUUGGGUGUAGCCGCAACUAGUGCACAGCGGAUCAGCGCUGAAAGUGCAUCUUCUGCUGCUUCUGAAGGAGAUCCAUCAAAUGAUACGAUUACACCUCGCCAUAAGAGUAGUGCCACAGCAUCGGCUGAACAAUCAAGUGCCGGUUCUACUGCAAUGAAGCCUUAUGAAGAACAAGGAGCUUUAGAGAAGUUUCAAAAUCUUGCUCAAGAUAACAUUUUCAAACCGUUUCGAUCGAUGGUCAGUCAGAAUCGUCGACGUUAUCAAGUGGGGAACUUCGAUCUGGACCUAACUUAUAUUACUGAUAGAAUCAUUGCAAUGGGUUAUCCUGCUAGUGCGUCGGAGGCCGUUUACAGGAAUAGUAUGCCAACCACCCAGCGUUUUCUCGAGUCACGACAUGGAAAUCAUUACAAAGUUUUCAAUCUGCGUGGACAAUACGUGUAUGACACGGCCAGAUUCCAACAUCGCGUUGUUUCAUUUGAAAUGACGGACCAUCAUCCACCACGUCUUGAAUUGAUGGCACCAUUUUGCCGCGAGGUUCAUGAGUAUCUUGAAGCUGAUCCACUCAACAUCGUGGCUGUUCAUUGUAAAGCUGGAAAAGGGAGAACAGGCGUGAUGAUCUGUGCUUACUUGGUAUAUAUUGGUUUCUACCCGUCUCCUCGUCAAAACAUGGAUUAUUAUUCGAUUGUGCGCACAAAGAACAACAAAGGUGUCACUAUUCCAUCACAGCGGCGUUACAUCUACUACUUUUCACAUCUUCGUAAGCACUCUCUUAACUACAUGCCAUUACGUGUUGAGUUGAUUGGCGUCUACAUGGAGCGUCCACCUUGUUCUGGCGGUGCUUUGUCGCGUAGAUUUUUAUCAUUACGAGUCGCAAAUGAGGAAGUUGAUGUAUUUCUCGGCGAUGAAAUAAAAGUACGCAAAGAGGUUAUUACUCAAGAAACACGCGAGUGGCGUGGAGCGGGUGGAUUGCCACUUUGCUCUCGUGGUCCCGACUCGUAUGAUCCUUUGAACCCGGUUGCUGGUAAUGACGUAGUUUCUAGAAGAGCGUACGGCUGGACGGUUCCAUCCAACAAACGGGUAUUUCUCGAGGGGGACGUUCGCGUUGAUAUUUAUUGUAAGGAAAAGAUUCGUAUUGUAAAUGUGGACAAAGAGCGCGACAAGAUUGGACACAUCUGGUGGAAUACUAUGUUUGCGUGCCCACAGUUUUGUGGAGGUUGCUAUCAACACGGGGACGAAGCGCACCCUUAUCCACCAGGGGAAACAACUAUUGCCUGCCGCAAAGUAUCAACUGCAUCUCAAGAAACGUCACAUGGGAUGCGUACCAAAAGUGGCAGCGCUUCAGUUCCAAGCUCACCCCCUGGAUCACCAAAGCUUGAAUCACCGGCAACACGUGUCCCUUCGUUUGAUGCGCGAAAGUCAAAGUCAUCCAGUUCAACAGGCAAACUGCAACAUAACGCCGUAAGAAAAGUUACCGAGGGCAUGCUUACUCGUAAUAGCGAACCGAACAUUGAAAGAAAUGUCGAAGACAAACCUUCUGAAAGACAUCGGAAGAAAACUGAUGCGGGAACCAGUGAUUCCUCCAAGUACAAAAUCGUGACCGAGGAGCUGCAGCUCGUGCUGCCGCCAGGGUUAGAUGUUCAUUGCCCAAAAGAUAUGUUGGACAAACUUUAUCCUGCCAAAGACCAUCCUCGCGAUGAGAUCAAAAAAGUGUUGAUUAAUGCGCAUGAAAAGAAUUUAAUUUCGGAUGAAUAUAAUCGACAACGUCUAUCAGUGCCUCAAGGAACUCCAGUGUCAAAAGCACCGGAUGGUCGUCCACGUGCAGAUGGCACUGAUCCUGGCCCCUACUGCAUCACUCGUGCAUGCGACGAGCACGUUCAGACCUACAAUGUCUUGGAGAUUGAUCGUGCGCACAAAAGGAAAGAUAUCAAUCCCGGCUUUAAAUUAAUUGUUAUUACUCGAUGUGUACCAAACGAUGGACCGGAUGCACAGUUGGCUCAAUCAUUUCUGACGGUGACACGCGAAAAACAGAUGGCUAAAAAUGUGGAGAAACAAAAUAAGGUUGAUGGUCGUCUACGUAAACUUCAAGAUCAUGGAAGCAGACAACGGGAAGGAACCAAUCAAGAUAGUUUUAUUGAUGACUCUCGAUGGGUUGGCGAUGAACGUAUUAAUGACCCGCAUUUGAAGAAGUUUUUCUAUCGCCAACGUGAUGACUCGGUUAGCCGUUAUCCUCCUGCACACUACAAGUGUCCUUUACUCGAACAAGGUGAACCGUCUUCAUCAUCGGCCCCUACUUUGAUCGAAACCGUCGAGAGUGAACCUGCAAAUGUUAUGCCUUCACGUCGUGCAGCAUCUUUGGGCAAAGACGAUGGUGUCGAUGUCAGGAGUUAUCAUCCAGAAAGUGCGGUUGAAGAAUGGUCUGAACAUUCAGAAGCUUCCGCGUCCGACGAGGAGGAUGAUAUCACAUUGGGAGCUGACGGCAAGAAGCCUUCAAAUGCAGCUGACGAGGAUACUGUUCAAGAUCAAGAUGAUGAUGAUGAUGACGACGACGAGACAGAAGCAGAGAUUGAGCCUUCAGAACAAGAUGAUGAAAAACCCUCAACGUCUUCAGCAUUGCCAAAG